AUGCGCAUAUCAAUGAGUGGAGAUUCUGUGAAUUUCAACUGCCGGCCAGAAUCUCCGUCCCUUUUCACCACCUCGCAAUUUGAAGAAAUUAUCUACUACAUGUCUUCAAACAGGUAUUUACACCUUAUCACGGUUCUUUUUCUCUUCGCAUCAGUGCUAUGUCAAGAUAUUGACGGCUCUGACGACGACUUUCCUAAUGGGGGUCCUCCGGCGAGCUAUUUCCGCGCUGCCCCUACAAUGCCCGUCGCUGCGCUCCAGUCGGCUGCCUCUCGUUUAGGGAGGACCUCCCACGGAGGCUCGUUUCGGGUUAGCUCUGACUCUGGAGAGAGAUCCUCUAUCUAUAGUGAUUGGGCAUUGUUUAAUGAGGGCGCGGCGGUUGUCUGGACGGCGGACAUGGACGUUGACUGCGAUGGAAUUGACUAUGGGUGCAAGGGCAACGCCGAUGGGCGUCCUGAGACAAGCUGGGGUGCUCUGUCGGCGUACGAGGUCCCUUUUAUUGUCAUCCCAGAGGAGUACCUCGACAAGCACGAGGCCGGUCUCCCCGGCAAUAACAUCGCAGCCGUUAUCUGCAAUGGAAACAUGUUCUACGGCAUCCUCGGCGACACAAAUGGUGACAGCCCCGAGGUUACAGGCGAAGCUUCAUGGCUAAUGGCUCGGACUUGCUUUCCGACUGAGGGUCUGAACGGGGCUAGAGGUCAUAAUGACCCAGAUGUUACUUGUAUUUUCCUCCUCCAGUCACCUGAGGCGUUAGCUCUGACAGCCAAACUAGAUAUUGUCUUCCUUGGUGAGGACGCCGUGUUGCCCGCCAGUGCUAUGAAUGACAAGUAUAUCACGGACUUCGACACUCUAAGGGCAAUGGGAGAUGAGCUCGUCAAUGCUCUAGUCAGCAAUAUCGGACUGGGUUCUGGCGAUCGGGCGCGGACUCGGACACGAUUCCGUCAUCCUUUAUUUAAAGCCGUUGAUGCUGCUACGGGUACCCGAGGAACUGCUUCCAUUCUCAAUGCGCGUUCUUGGAACACAACAUCCGGACUCUCUCAGUCCAGUAAUUCCUCAUGCACUCCCGCCUCAGGAAAUUCUACGACUCCAUGUAAAGCCAAUGCCUCUACUCCAGCCACUUCGUUUCCCAAUGUCUCGCCUCCAAGUACCGCCAAGCCUCCUACACAAGCCGCUUCGAAUACUGCUACACCCGCUGUUGGUUCUACUCCCAGUGCUUCCCUGCAUGCAGGUGCUGCUUCUCCGAGUGUCGCCUCUCCUUCCAGUGCCGCUACUAGCGCUGCAGCUACUUCAAACGCCCCAUCACCCCCGACACCAACCCCCAGCUGUUCUUGGCCCGAUCACUGCUUGGGUGCUCCAUGUUUUACUCUCGACGACUGUUCCAACGACCUCGUCUGUGUGAACGGGUUGUGCGCUGUCGACCGAGAUGUGGCCUCUCUGUCUACCUCGUCGCCGACUGGGACACCUGCUGUCAGGAGAUGGAUCACGGCUGUUCGAGGCUUGGGAUUUGAUGAUUAG